AUGUGUAUAGAUUUGACGGAAUUAAUUUUAGGAGAUGGAUUGUCCAAAGCACGAAGCAUGUCAGAUCAGCCGGCGUCGUGUCCACUUUGCGGGGCGAUUUUGCGUCAAUCACGAAAUUUAAGAAGACAUUUAGAGCUUCUACACUUUGGUUUCGGUAGCAAUAACAAAUCAGGUGUCCACAUGAGACACCGAAGGGCCGAUAGAAAUACCGACCUUGUACGAUCGACGCUUGCAUCUAUUUGUCCACCCCAUAUAACAAGAACGGAUUACUCAAGAGUUGUAGAGAAUACCGAUUUGUCGACGUUAACGUCUUUAUCCAUUGCUUCGACAGCCAAUUCUAGCGCAUCGAAUGCCAGCCUUGCAGGAAGUUUGAUGGGAUCAGGUGUACUGGGAAGCGGUGAUCAAAGUGCUAACUCUACUCUGGUCUCGGUGUCAAGCUCAAGCACAGCUUGUAUUGCCUCUGCCAAUAAUGGAAUUUACUCAUCAGACGGUAGUGCCAGUAUGCUAAAUUGCUUAUUACCAUCGUUACCAUCUUUGCCUUCUCUAUCAUCUCCGCACGACGUGUUUCGACACGGUGAAAUGUUGCGAGUUGGUAUUGCGUAUCACGAUUCCUCGAGGCAACAUCCGAAGCAAUCACAGCGCACUGAUGUCACUUAACUUUCUUCAACGUACAGUGUUCUUUCGCCUUAAAUAUCAAUUCGAACUAGAAGUUAUAUUAUUAUCGCAAAGCUGACUAUGCCAAAUCUCGUCGCGUCUCAGUAAUGAAGGAUAUAUUAAAAAUUGUACAAGUAUUUAAUGUGAGAAAUGUAAAGAACAAAGAAAAACUUGGAAACUCCGUGCUUCGCUGUUAUACAUUCUUUGCUGUUGCUUUAGAAUUUUGUAAAUUAUUAUAUUUUACAGCGAUAUACGGAAGAUUAAAAUUGUACGAUAGGCGAGUCGCAGAAUUGUAUCGAUGUAUCUUUGAAAGUUUAGUACGUGAUGUUAUUUAUUUAAGAAAUAAAACUUGCAGUCGAUAUUGAA